AUGCAACAGCCUGGAAGCACGUACGGACAGAGCUCUGGUCAGCAGCAGCCGUAUCAACAGCAGCAGCAGCCGUAUCAACAGCAGCAGCAACCGUAUCAACAACAACAGCAACCGUAUCAACAACAGCAACCGUACCAACAACAACCUCCACAUUUCCAGCAGUCACAACAGGCUGACCGAUACCCUCCUUCUCCACCCUUACACAUGCAUGGCAAUCAGCAACAGCAGUACGGUCCGCAAGGCUCCAGCGCAGCAUACCCUCCUACUCCACCAACAGCUGGCUAUCCAGCCAUGCAGCAACCUCGACAACAGCACCAGCAAACCUACUCUGCGUAUCCAGAAUACAAUCCUCAAUCCAACGUCGUGGGUGGGCGAUCAUACCAGGGCUCAGUGUCAGGUCUUUCUGGCUGGAAUGACCCUCCUAAGCAGACUGCUGAUGCUGAUGCUGCCGAACACAUUUUAAAAGUUGCUGGAGCCGCACCCGAAGGUGUGAUUGUUGCUUCAUUUACCGCCGCUAUGGAUCUAGCUCGCAGUAUCCUGGAUCGUAUGCCAAAUCAACGCCAAAAAGUCGAGGAUACAGAUAGGAGAAUCGACGGUUUAUUUGAUCGUCUUGCCAACCACAAAAUCCAAUCACAGCGAAUGGUGUUUGCCCAACUUUUUCAAGUAGCACAGGCAUUGAAUUCUAAAUCUUAUAUGGAAGCACAGGCCAUGAUAUUGAAAAUGAUGACAUCAAAUUAUGCUGAUGAAACCCAGUGGAUUUUGGGAGCUAAGCGGUUGGUUGAAUUACUGAUGCUUUUGGGCUAACUUUGCUUUUGGAUCGAGGUAUAUCAUGUGUGACUGUCACAAUACAUGUAGUGUUUUCCAUGUGUUGAAUUAGCUUGCAAGGACUGGGUUUCACCUACAGCCGACAUCUCAAUGACUUGCAAAAUAGUUUAAAUAAAAACGAGUGGUUUUC